GAGCUGGGGCAGCUGCGGCCCCGCCCCCUGCCCGCGGCGGCCCCGCCCCCGGCUCGCCAUCCGCCGCGUCCUCCCGGCGCAGCGAACGGGCCUUUUCGCCGUCUCAUUUCUCGUGCGGGGCCUGCGGGCGCCGGGCGCUGCCGGCCGAGCGGGUGCCGCACGCGGAGCGGCGGGUCGUGGCCUCCGCCCUGCCCGGGGUCUCGGCCUGGGCGCCCGAUGAGCCGCGGAGGGCCUCGGGAGGGCGUGGGGUGAAGCUGAGCCGCCAGCGCGACGUCGCUGCCCGGGUUUCUUUCAGGAGGCCCCGGAGGACGAUGCCACUCCCGCGCCGCUCGGCCCCGCGCGUCGUUCCAGCGAGGCGGCUGUGCCCCGCGCCGCUGCGGCGCUGCUGAGAGCGGGGAGCGAGGGCUGCCCGCCCGCCAUGGCGUCCGGCUGCCCGCCGCCCUUCGGGGACCCGGGCGAGAUGAGGGAAGGCUUCCUCUGUCCCCUCUGCCUGAAGGACCUCCAGUCGUUCUAUCAGCUCCAGUCGCACUACGAGGAAGAGCACUCGAGUGAAGACAGAGAUGUCAAGGGACAGCUCAAAAAUCUAGUCCAGAAGGCCAAAAGAGCAAAGAAGAAAUUGCUGAAACGAGAGGAUGAGAGAACAGACUCGGCAUCUCAGGAGCGAUACGAGUCAUUCAGCUAUGGUGGAAUAGAUCCGUACAUGUGGGAACCCCAGGAAGUAGGUGCUAUGAGAAGCCACCUUUCUGAUUUCAAGAAACACCGAGCAGCCAGGAUUGACCACUAUGUAGUUGAAGUCAAUAAGUUAAUAAUCAGGUUAGAAAAGCUUACAUCAUUUGACAGAGCAAACACCGAGUCAGCUAAAAUAAGAGCUAUAGAAAAGUCUGUUGUGCCUUGGGUCAGUGAUCAGGAUGUUCCCUUCUGCCCAGAUUGUGGCAGUAAGUUCAGUAUUCGAAAUCGGCGUCACCACUGCCGUCUCUGCGGGUCUAUAAUGUGCAAAAAGUGCAUGGAACUUGUUGGUCUUCCCUUGGCAAGCAAACUCACUAGUGCCAGCAAAGAAGCCUUGGGUUGUCAUACCAGCCCAAACUCCUCACCUAAUAGUGUCCAUGGCUCCCGCCGUGGCAGCAUUAGCAGCAUAAGCAGCGUGAGCUCAGUCCUGGAUGAGAAGGACGAUGACCGAAUCCGUUGUUGUCGGCACUGCAAAGACACCCUGUUGAAAAAAGAACAACAGAUUGAUGAGAAAGAAUACACUCCAGAGAUUGUGAAACUCUAUGAGAAACUCCGACUCUGCAUGGAUAAGGUUGACCAGAAGGCACCUGAAUACAUAAGGAUGGCAGAAUCACUAAAUAAGAAGAUUUUGAGUCUAGGCUUGCAUGAGGAUCCCCAGCCUCACCCUAAAACACUACAACUUCAGAGAAUGAUAAGAUACUCGGCUACACUUUUUGUUCAGGAAAAACUGCUUGGCCUCAUGUCUCUGCCAACCAAAGAUCAGUAUGAAGAACUGAAGAAGAAAAGACUGCAUAUGAUGGCUCUUGAAGCACAUGGAAAACAAGAGGAAAAGCAGAAAGACUUUAUUCCCAGAUCAGCAGCUGCAGUUAACGGUGAUGCAACUCACCCAAGGAAAGGAACAGUCAGGAAAUCUGAAGGCUGGUUACCUACAUCUAGCAUAUCAAGGGAGUGUGAGAUAGCAGACCCACUUCUUCAGCAGAUUGACAACAUCACAUCCUUUAUUAAACAAGCAAAGGCAGCUAACAGGAUAGACGAAGUCCAUAUGUUGCAGGAGAACCUGAGGCAGCUUCAGGAUGAAUAUGAUCAACAACAAACUCUGAAAGCUAUUGAGCUUUCUAAAAAACAGGCAGAAGAGGAAGAGAUGCAGAGGGAGGAGCUUCAGGUCCUCCGUGAAAAAGAGUGGGAAAGAGAACACCACAAAUUCUUGUCUCAGCAUUCAAGGACACGCUCCUUAGACUUCAGAGAAGUCAAGCAGCAUCAGCAUGAAGCUGCAAAAGAGAACUGGAACUUGACAACACAUGCAUUGGAUUUGAAUAUUGCUCAGACCAAAGGGGAUCCAAAUUUUGAGACUCCUGCUGUUGAGCAGUUGCCAGCUGAAGAGCACUUGAUCUUCACACCCAAACUCCAGAAUGUCUCACAGUGUGACAAAGACCAAGAUCAGACAGUCUGUCUAAACCCUUUUGAAAAUGAAGCAGAUACCCCUCAGACAGAGGAAGAUCCUGAUGACCCAUUUGCCAAAGACACUUCACCAAGGGUUUCUUUCUCUAACAGAGUUGUGCAAAGUGAUAAAAAAGAAUAUAAUCCAUUUGAAAAUGAGGAGGAGGAUGAACAAACUAAUGGGGCACCUGGCAGCACCUUAAACCCUUUUGAAGAGGAUGAAAAUCCAUUUCAAAACCUUACAGGCAAUUCUGGGAACCCAUUUGAGGGAUCCUCAACCAAUCCCUUUGAAGUGGAGGAUGGCAAUGAAGUCUCUGGAGAAGAGGCUAUAGAGGAAGAGCUGCUUCUCCAACAGAUUGAUAAUAUCAAAGCUUACAUAUUUGAUGCCAAACAUAGUGGACGACUGGAUGAGGUAGAGGUCCUGACAGAGAACUUGAAGGAACUGAAGCACACAUUAGCAAAGCAGAAGGAGAAAUCUAACUGCUGAAGCAGCAGUAUGGCUGUGUAAUAAUUAUUUUAAGUCUCCAGUUAAAUCUGGGAAGGUGGAGCAGAUACUUACAAACAAGAAUACACAUCACAAGAGGGAACUGGGAGAAUUUUGACUUUUAUGCACUUUCAAUUAGGCAUUUCCACUACUACUGAGUCCAGAAAGAAUUGAAGUGUGCUGCUGGUCCCAAAUGCUUACACCAGGAAACUUUAUAAUAAGUUGUUAUAACACUUUUAAUGCUAACUGGUCUUACUGUGCAUUUACUUUGGUAAAGUGGUUAAGUGCCAGUAGGAAACAGUGAUUUGGAAAUGGUUGCAACAUUAGUUUGUCAUCUUUCUUCCUUUCUGUUCUAAUAUCGUAGUAUUGGCCUUUCACGUGGAGCUUUGGCUAAAGAGAUGAGAACUUUGGAUAAGUUCUGCAUCCUCUGAUGAUGACACAGGACAGUGUUACAGGCUAUCUUAAUUGCCUCAUGGUGCUAGGAUAAAGUGCUGUUAGGAUACUGUGAUGCUUUGCAAUGCAGACUAUACGAGCUCACAGGUCAGUUUUGUGCAAUGUUAAUACAUAAAAAGGCUUCUAAGAACAACGUCAUAACUGAUCUUGAGUAAUUCUGUAACAGGUUUAUAAAAAUUCCUGAGUAAAAUUUGGAUGCUGUCUUUUAUGACUUCUAGUUUCCCAUUUGCUCUACAGUGUAAAACAGUGUCGUUCUGAGACCUGCUUGUGCGGCAACAUUUUUAUCUAAUUGUUGCCCGGGAAAAGAGCAUCAUCAGGCUAGCACCACUUCAGAUGACAAUAUAAAAGCUAACCCUCCAGAUCCUAAUUAUCUUAUGGAAUCUACACAUUCCUUUAAAUUAUCUGGGUGACAGAAUUAUCAUGUUUGUUGUCAGACUGAAACCCUCUUUUUGUAGCAUUCAAGGAACAAGUAUCUCACAAUGGAGAGCUGAAGUGCCACUGAACUGGAAUUCUGUGAAAGCCUGGAGACAGUCUGUGGCUGCAGUAGUGCCAAAUAGCCAUUUUCUUCCAUAUUUGAUUCUCCUCAGAAGUUACGAGAAUCAGGCAUGUCUGUCUUAAAUAAGAGGCUCCAAGUCAGAGUCAUCUUGUGAUCCUGUGGGCUGGGGGAUGAUGAGGCAAAGGCCAGACCCUGUAUGUGGCAGGGCUUGGAACUGGGCUUCUGAAGGUGUCAGAACUGUUGGAUCACUGCAGGGCUCGAUCAGCCUGUGUGUUUCUGAAAGAUGGAGCCUGAGAUGCUUUAUAUUUUUUUUCAGGCAUCAGUGGUCAAAAGGGUGUAUUUAUUUAAAGCCGAGAGAGAGAAACAUCAGUCAGCUUGUACUGUAUAGCAUUAAUAACAGUGGGCUUACUUAGAGGUGUAAACUUGAGCGGGUUGGGACAUGUCUCUAGGAAAACAUGUUAGCAGAGGUGUUACCCAAGCACUGCAUAUUUGAGACCUACAAAUAAGUAUGCUAUCUAAAAAGCAGGAACUCCUUAAGUUUUGUUGUAAAUAAGUGGAGGUAGGGACUUGUGGAACUGUGGUUUAAAAAAACCAAACCACCUAUAUCCUCACUAAAUAGCACGAGUAACUGAUCAGAGUAACUUAGAGCCACCAGCUAAGGACAGCUGAUAUUCUUACUGUAGUCUAGAUCCAAAGUUGAAAGGUGUGCAGAGCAGGUUGUCUUCAGACCACAGAGUUUUUAUACUGAGAUGUUUUAUUAGAGUCAGUUGAAUCCCUAGGUAUUACUUUGCACCAAGUGAAAUGAAGCAGAGGAUUCUGAAAGGUUGCAAAGGAACAAAACGUGUCCUGUGGCACUAGACUUAUGAAGGUAGCAAACAACAAACAUUAAUACCUAAACUUAAUCCGGGAAAUAUUUUAACAAAAAUAGUCUAAGAUACUUAUUUAAGACAGAAUCAUUUGCUGGUCAAGAGGGUUGCUCCCUGUGUUGUAACCCAACCCACUUUUUUGGUAUGAAGAUGAAAAAAAAAUGUUUUGGUGGCUUCAGCUUUCACAUUUAAGAAGUUUUUUUCUUUGCUGCAACUAUUCUGCCUUGUUUGUAUUUUCAGUCUGACACUCUGACAAAGCAUCCUUAUGUGUGUUUAUUACAAGCAGAUAACAGGCUAGCAUACCUCAUCAUCUUUGUCACUGUUAAAUGUGAUGGACUAGAACAUCUGAUACUAAAGUAAUCUCCAAAGUGAAGAGCUUAAGCUGAUGUUUGGACUGCUGUCAGGUGCACAAGGCACAGUGGAAUCAAGACACCUUAACCAUAAAGCUCGAUAAGUAGCUAGCGCCGACUCUUGUGUAAGUUGCAUGCACUACUCAGUAUGGAAACCUUGUAAACAGGUGAAAUAAAAUUAUGUGUUUAUUUUGUGC